AUCUCGGUGCUGAGCCAGGGGCGUCUCUGGGAAGCAGGACCGGGGAGCGAGCGAGUGGGGGAGGAGCAGCAGCAGCACCCUGCAGUUGCAUGAUGGGAAAAAGUCUUCCCCCCCCCGCGCAUCCGGUCCAAUAACUUCUGGCUGAGCUGGAGCAAGAGACGGACGGACCCCCCCCUCCCCGCCUCAUACACACGCGAUGCAGCAGCCGCCGCCCGGGUUCCCCAGCCCAGGAGCUGCGGGAGAAGCCCCUCAUUCCAGACAGCAGCAUUGCCGGCUCCCGGAGGUCCCUCUGGCUUUGCGAGACAGUUUGUGCUUCUGAGCCCUCGGACCUGAUCCCCCACCUGGCUCACAUGGUGUAAGAAAUGGGACACUGAGGUAGGAAGCCAGAGGCUGGAUGCUUCCUGCCAGGGGCAUGAAUGAGACCGAAAGGCCUGGGGUCUGGGCUCAUCCCCUGCUGGGAUAAGGACACCCCCAGGGAGCAGCCAUGGCUGCAGGGCCGGGGGCAGAGGGGGCCCUGGACCUGCAGUUUCAGAUCCAGGUGGAGCAGUCGGUGUGCCCCGCUGGGCUGACGGAGCAGCAGGCCUCAGCUGGACCCGAGCCAGACGCGGGAUUGGAGCGGUCGGGCAGGCUGCCUAUUGUGGUGCAGUCCGGCACCAUUGGGGAGCUGCUGAGAUGGGUGGCACCGCAGCAGGCCCGGUAUGCGUCGCAGAAGGAGAUGCUGCAGCACUGGGAGGACGUCUGGCAGGAGGUGCUGCAGGCCAUGCGCAUCCUCCCAGAGGUGAGGCCGGCUCCGGCUUGUGCCCUCAGCCAUGGAGAACCAGAACUGCUGCCUCCUCCCGGAGUUGUGCCAGCACCGACUUGUGCACAUGGGUGUGAAAACCCUGCCUCCCAGGCGGGCAGAGAGUCACCCAGGGGUCUGGAGCAGGCUGGGAUCGAGCCGAAGGAGGAGACGGCACCAUGUCGAGAGGAGCAGCUGUCAGCCACGCAGACCCCUGCCGAGGUUAAGCCAACUGCAGCACCUGCAUGGAGAACCCUGGAGCUGCCACAGCUGGCCCCAGAGGACAAUAUCGAGGCCUAUCUGGCCACCUUUGAGCAGGUGGCUGAGGCCUGCCAGUGGCCGAGGGGGGAGUGGACAACUCAACUGGAGCCGUACCUCACCGGGAAAGCCCAGCUGGCCUAUGGCAGCCUAGACAUCACAGAGACAAGUGAUUAUGGGAAGGUGAAGGCCACCAUCCUGCGUCGCUAUGGCAUCAGCCCAGAGACACAGCGCAGGCGCUUCAGGGAAUUCUGCUACCAGGAGGCCGAGGGGCCCCGGGAGGCUUACAGCCACCUCCGGGAGCUCUGCCAUCGCUGGCUGGAGCCGCAGAGCCGCACCAAGGAGCAGAUCCUGGAGCUGCUGAUCCUGGAGCAGUUCCUGACCAUCCUGCCGGAGGAAAUUCAGGGUUGGGUCUGGGAACGUGGUCCCGAGACCGGCGCCCAAGCGGUGGCCCUGGCAGAGGGGUUCCAGGUGGGGCAGACAGAUGCCGAAUGGCCAGAGCUACAGGUGCCAGUGCAGUUUGAGGACGUGGCUGUGACUCUGAGUGAGGCAGAGUGGUGGUUGUUGGAUGAGGAGAAGAAGCAGCUCUACAGGGACAUCAUGUACGAGAAUUACCAGAGCAUCAGCUCACUGGGUUUUCCGGUUCGCAAACCCACCCUGAUCUCUCAGCUGGAGCGAGGGGAGGAGCCGUGCAUCCCAGAUCCCCCAGCCCCUGAAGAGCAGGAGACCCAGAGGGACAUGCCAACAGACACCGGGAGGGGGCUGGGCGCUGAGGAUCUGGCUGUGCAGCACCACGGGGAGGCGGAGGCACCUGUCAAAGCAGCUCCAACGCCAAAGGCCUCACCAAGGCAGCCCAAGAGGAAAGCGCCCCAGAGCCCUGGCCGGACGAGAAAGAAACCUUCUCUGGAUGGAGAAGAGCCAGCAGCCCCCUCUGAGGGUGGGAAACAGCAGCUCCCCACCUGUCCCAUGUACCUGCAACAGCCGCUUCCUUCUGUGCGCAUGCAACAGCCUUUCCUUCCUGUACGCAGGAAACAGCCACCGCCUGUUGUGCACAGGGAACAGCUGCCCUCCACUCCUGGCAGGGAACAGCCGCCCCCUCCCCUGAGCAGGGAACAGCCACCCCCUCCCCUGAGCAGGGAACAGCCGCCCCAUCCUGUGUGCCGGGAACAGCCGUCCCCUCCCCUGAGCAGAGAACAGCCUGUCUCCCCCCUGUGCCGGGAACAGCCGCCUCCUCCCCUCACCAGGGAACAGCCUGUCUCCCCCCUGCGCAGGGAACAGCCGCCCCAUCCUGUGUGCCGGGAACAGCCGCCCCCUCCCCUCACCAGGGAACAGCCUGUCUCCCCCCUGCGCCGGGAACAGCCGCCCCCUCCCCUCACCAGGGAACAGCCUGUCUCCCCCCUGCGCAGGCAACAGCCGCCCCCUCCCCUAAGCAGAGAACAGCCACCCCCUACCCAGCUGCCUCACCUGCCAUCCCUGUCUAAGUCCGGCAGCAAGGAGCCAGCAGAACAAGAUUCCCCUCCCAGUAGGAGCCCGCCCCCCUCUGAGAAGUCCUACCAGUGCCCCUUGUGUAGUCAGAACUUCAGGCAGAGCUCGGACCUGCAGCGGCACCGGCGCAUCCACACGGGAGAGAAGCCUUUCCACUGCCCGGUGUGCGAGAAGAGCUUCCGGCUGCAGUCCAACCUGAUCGUGCACCAGCGCACCCACACCGGGGAGCGGCCCUACCAGUGCGGGGAGUGCGGCCGCGCCUUCUCGCAGAGCUCCAACCUCCUGACCCACAGCAAGAUCCACCUGGGCCAGAAGCCCUACGCCUGCUUCGAGUGCGGCAAGAGCUUCCACCACAGCUCCAACCUCAUCAUCCACCAGCGCACCCACACUGGCGAGCGGCCCUACGAGUGCAGCGUCUGCGCCAAGCGCUUCAGCGACCGCUCCACCCUGGUGCAGCACCGGCGCCUCCACACAGGCGAGCGCCCCUACGCCUGCUCCGAGUGCGGCAAGUGCUUCAGCCAGGCCUCACACCUGGUCAAACACCGACGCACCCACGCCAGCCCCUGCACCAAGAAUAGAGCUGCCCCCAGAAAAGCACCAGUCACAGCGGUGGAGAGAAACAGCCCCAAAAAUGGGGCAGCCACUGGGGAGGAGAGAGCUACCCCCACUCAUGGGCUGAGUGAGAGGAGUGCCAUGCCCCAAAAUGGAGCAGCUAUAGGGGAGGAAAGAGCAGCCCUGAAAGAUACACCCACUGUGGGGAAGGAUAGACUCACCCAGGAAGUGGGUUCAGUGGGGGAGAAGGACAGAGCAGCUCAGAAAGUUGCUUUGGCCACAAAGGAGAUAGCCGCCCCCAAACACACGCUGGCCAUGGAGAUGGAGAGGGCAGCAACAAAGGACAUGCUGGCCCCAGGGAAGGAAAGGGAGACCCCCACACCUGGGCUGGGUGAGUUGAGUGCUGCCCCCAUGAACAGGCUGGGCACAGGAGAGGACAGAGCCACUCCAAAAGCCAUGCGAGCCAUAGGGGGAAAGAGAGCACUGACUCCAGAUGCACCAGCCGUGCAUGAGGAGAGAGACUCCCUGAAAGAUGCACUGAGGGCAGGGAAGGACAAAGCAGCAGCAAACCACACAUCAGCUGUGGAGAAGGGGAGAACCUCCCCCAAACUCGUGCUGGCCAUGAGGCAGCGAAGAGCCGCCCCGAAACUUGCGCUGGCCACGGAGAAGGGGGGAGCCAGCCCCAAACACACACUGGCCAGGGGGAAAGGGAGAGCCGGCCCUGAACACGCACUUGCCAUGGGGAAAGGGAGAGCCGGCCCUGAACACGCAGUGGCCACGGGUCUGGGGAGAACCGGCCCCAAAUACGCACUUGCCACGGGGAAGGGGAAAGCCAGCCCCAAAUAUGCACUUGACAAAGGGAAGGAAAAAGCUGGCCCCAAUCAUGCCCUGGCCACGGGGAAGGGGAGAGCUGGCCCCAAAUACGCACUUGCCACAGGGAAAGAGGGAAAUGCCUCCAAAUAUGCCCUGGCCACGGGGAAGGGGAGAGCUGGCCCCAAAUACACACUUGCCACGGGGAAAGAGGGAAAUGCCUCCAAACGUGCCCUGGCCACAGGGAAAGGGAGAGCUGGCCCCAAACACACACUGGCCACGGGGAAGGGGAAAGCCGGCCCCAAACACACACUGGCCACGGGGAAGAGGAGAGCCAACCACGAACACGCACUGGCCAUGGGGAAGGGGCGAACCGGCCCCAAUCACAUACCAGGCACACGGGAGCGCAGACGGCAGGGGUGCAUGAUAGGGGCAGGGGUGGCUCACGGGGGGAACAGGCUGUGAGGAGCCCCAUCACUGCACGGUAGGGUCCAGGCUGGCUCCUUUGGACAUGCAUUCAGCUGAUUUUUCACUGACUGGGGGUGAAACCCCAUCAGUGUGCAGGCGGGCAGUAAUGCCAAUGCCAUAGGCUCACACUUAGGCAGCAGCGGAGAAGCCGGCGUGGCGUGGGAUGCACUAACAGCUCGGAGAGGAAGGGCAGCACGAAGGCACUUCUGGCACCGCAGAGAGUGUUCCCCACCCUCCUGGGACUGAAGCUGGCAGAGCAAGUGGCUGGCACAUAAAAUGCAAACCCAGACAUCUCUCUCCCUCUCAUUUGGGCCAGGGGGAGGAGGAGGCUGAAAUCUUAGCAGGCAACAGGAAAGGGAGUUGGAUGAACUUUAAACUCUCGAAUUGGGCCCUGAGCUGAGGGAGUGUAAAAGAAGCCCUAGAAAUCUCCCUCUUUAUGGAACUAAAAUGAGAAGAAAGGUUCCGGUGUGACCAACUCUUGUGAUCUGUGGUCUGUCUCUUAAAGCCCCAGCUCUGCUUUUAUAUAUAAAAAGAAAAUCUGUGUCUAGCCCAAUGACUGGGGAGAAAAAUCAAGGAAACUCAAACCCUAUUGGCUACGACACCAGAGGGCAAAUCACUCCAUGUUAAUUUAUUUUAUUAAAUCUCAUGAUUUUUUAAAACUGGUUUUGUGAUAUUUUGGGUCUGAGGCCACAUUUCUUUGAAGGCUUGGGGCUGAAAAAGCCACAGGAGGCAGUUUUAGAAGCCCUGUGAAUGUAUCCUCCAGGGUCCAUUGCAACCCAUAUGCUGCAUCCCAGGUGAGCCCUAACAGAGAAAUGGAUGAGACGUGGCAGCCCCAUUCUCAAGGGGUAAAUGCAUUGUGCAGUCCUACACCUGCAGAACACUGUUGGGAUUUUUCUUGGCAAUUUGUUGUGGCCACAAUCCAUUGGAAGAAGUUUUAAAAAAAUGGCCUAAUUUUUAAAUGGACAGUGCCCCUUUUGUAGCUUUUUAGGUCAGAACAGUGUAACGGUGUGUUUCAGGAAUGGCACGAACUGGCUCGCAGAGAAAUGGAGUUUUGCAGGGAAACUCAGAAACAUUCCUUCCUCUGCCCCUUGGGGAGUUUCUUCAGUGGCUUGUCUCACAUGUCUUUUCCAGAGCCCUUUUGGGAGAAAUUGAAACUGCUCUGGAUCUGCACUUGGCAACUUCCUCCCAAAUCAGGGAUACACAGCCAGCAUCUCACACAUGCACACCAACAUUCAAAAAUCCUGUGCCUGUCCUUCUACACACCCACCCACCCCAUGAGCUUGAAAAAAUAAUCCAUACUGGGUUGUGUUUACCUUGGAGCAUGUGAUUACUCUGGAGAGGCAAUUUCAAUAAUACGCUGAGCCACCACACGCAAUGAGGCAUAAACUGACCGACCUUGUAGCCCAGUAGCCACUUCCCUGAACUGACACCAAUGAAUCUAGCUGUUCAGAUUGUACCUCUUUUAGCUGCUGUUUAUAUCCCUCAGUCCACUUUGCAAAUAUUAUGGAGCGUGCAGCAGGCAGCUAUGACC